CCAACGCUUUUUUUAUCUGCGAAACGAAAAGUAUUUCAUUCCCGUGAAAGAGGAAAGCAAGCGCUCGUAUUUUCAUUUUAUAGUUUUACAGUUUUAUUCAUAUUCCAAAAUGGCUAAAAGGAAAAAUAAACCAUUAAUUGAUUCAGAUUCUAGCAGCGAGUGUUCAGAUUUGGAUUCGCAAUUUCUGAACUUGGCCAAAAAGAAAAAAAAAGGUGACUCCCCGCCUCCGUCAAAGUCCAAGGCACAGUCGUCCGACAGCGAGUCUGAUUAUGACGAUGAUGAUAAUAAGAAAAACUCAAAAUCUUCAUCAUCCGGUUCGGAUUCAGACAGCGAUGCCGGCAGCAAUGUGUCCAGCAAGAAGACCUCCAGGAACAACAGUCGCAAGCCCUCAACGGACCACUCGGACGACGGCAAGCGGAGACCGGAGCCACCCAAAUCUGAUGUCAGGAGGAGUACGGACAGCGCUGGCUCGGGGAAGAAGAAAGAUACUUACAGUGAACCGGAGGAAGGCGAGGUGUCGUCGCACUCCUCUGACAAUGACUCCAUCGACUCUGAGGACGAAUUCGAUGAUGGUUACGACGAGAAUUUGAUGGGUGACGAAGAAGACAGAAAGCGCUUAGCGGCCAUGUCUGAGAAGGAAAGGGAGCAGGAGAUCUUUAAGCGUAUCGAAAGGAGAGAUCUAUUGAAAACUAGGUGGGAGAUCGAACGCAAAUUGCGUCUAGCCAAACGUAAUGCCGCCGAGAGAUCAGCGUCUCCCGGUGAGAUAGCGCGGAGAAGGGACGCGAGGAAAAGAAGGAAAGCUAUGCGGGACACGAGACAGAAACAGCGGAUGUUGGAGAAGAAAGAGUCGGACGAUAAGCAGAAGGAGGCGGAGAUGGAGAAAGAGGAAACACCACCGAGCCCCGGGGAAAUACUCGAUGACCAGAAAGACACGGAAGCAUCGGAGAGAUCGGCUUCGCCUCUAUUCGGGGCGAAGACAGAGAGGAAACGCAAUGUAGACGACCGAAGGCAAAACGCUAUGGCGGCGUUGAGGGCGCAAAGAGACGCCAAAGCUACUAGGGUGGAACACAAACAGAAGAAACAGCAGGAGAAAGACAAGGACAAAGAUAAGGAUGACGACGAUGACGCGGAUGCGGAAAUAAUAGGCGGGACGAGUAAGCAAAGUGUCAAGCUGAAAGCCUCAGAUAUAUACUCAGACGAUUCCGGAUCAGAUUCUGAGGAGAAUAAAUCCACAGGUCGCCGCAGCUCGACCAGUUCCUCGUCGUCAGACGGAGAAGAGGAGAAGAAGAAGCGAGACAGCAGACGCAGCGAAGAAGUUGAAGUGAGAUACGCGGACUCGAGGGAACAGAUCAACAAACUUAGAUUAAGCAGGUUUAAAUUAGAACGCCUGGUCCACCUCCCGUUCUUCGCUCGAGUGGUCACUGGCUGCUUUGUGAGAAUCGGCAUCGGGAACAACAACGGCAAUCCCGUUUACAGGGUGGCAGAAAUAAUAGACGUUUAUGAAACGGCGAAAGUGUACAAUUUGGGGAACACAAGGACGAAUAAGGGGUUGAAACUGCGGCACGGAACCCAGGACAGGGUGUUCAGAUUGGAGUUUGUUAGCAAUCAGGAAUUUACGGACGGCGAGUUCCAGAAGUGGAACAAGGCGAUCAAGGACGCGAACAAGAAACCACCCACAAUGGACUUUGUCAGGUCAAAGAUACAGGAAGUUAAAGAAGCGCUCAUGUAUGAGUUUAAGGAGGAGGACAUAGAGAAGAUUGUAGCGGAGAAGGAGAGGUUCAGAUCUCACCCCACCAACUACGCGAUGAAGAAGACGCAGCUGAUGAAGGAAAGGGACGUCGCACAGUUGCGCGGCGAUGACGAACUGGUGUUAGAUUUGAACGCGAAAAUACAAGAACUUGAGGAGAGGGCGAACCAUUUGGACAAGACGAGAACCUCGUCCAUACAGAGCAUAUCGUACAUCAACAACAGGAACCGGAAACUCAACGUGGAGACCGCGGAGAAGGCCAUUUUGGAAGAGGUGAAAGCCAUGAAAGGCAAGAAGACAGACGACCCAUUCACUCGGAGACACACCAAGCCCGUUAUGAACUUUAAAUCUCAUCAGGGCAACAGGAGUCAGGAGCUGUUGAGGAACGAAGCGGAACAAGAGGAGUUGGAGAAACAACAGCAGCAAGAGGACAGAGAGGAGAAGGAGAGGCAGGAGAAAGAGAGAUUGCACCAACAAGAGUCGGACAAGACGAGACCUCCAAAACCUAGUUCGACUGACACGGCCAGUUUAUAUUCUCUGCACGACUUCGAUAUCAACAUCGAAUUGGACUUGCCUGUGGCCAAAGCGGUGUCGUCUCAACCGAAGCAGUUAACAACAAAAGUAAAAGAGACUGGACCAAAACGUUCGCUCAAUCUCGAAGAAUACAAGAAGCGACACGGGCUCAUAUGAGUGAUGGUGUGUUUAGUGAUAUGUGUUUAGUGCAGUACAGUGAUGGAUUAGUCAAGUGGAUUGAAACUAAUGUGCUGGGUGGUAUAAACAACCCUGACUGUGAUUGCGGUAUUGUGGUGAAAAAGGUAAUUUUUGAAUUAUCAGGCGCCAUUUUGUAUUCGUAUGGUAAUACGCUGAAUGCUGUGAGCAAUGCUUAAAAAAGGAAAAAUUACGUUCACAAUUUGAUCACACACCAUAAUUUAAUAAUCUAAUAAUGUUUUUUUUAUUAAACAUUCGUUUUUUCUUAGUAAAGUGACCAAUAAACAAUAAUGUGGUCAAAUAGUGAUUGUAUUUUUUGUCGUGUUUUACUAUUUAAACACACUAGUUAUCUCGAUGUGGUCUAAUAGCGAAUAACCCAUACAAUGAUUGAUUAACUGUGUCUCUGCGUAAAAAAUAUAUUAUGAAAAUCUAAACAAACUUUAAAGCUAUUAUAUAUAAUAGUUCUUACUACCAUGCUAAAAAAUAAGCUGACGCCUUAUUGCUCUCUAACAAAAAUGGUACGCGGGGCUGAGGCAGAUGGGUGGGAAGUCUCCACCAUGGUUCCGGCCCCAACUCCGGCUUUCCGAACAAGAAGCAAAAUAAGCUUCGGCCCUUUUAGUGACGGUCUGUGCACCUUUCAAUGUAGCUGUGCACAAUUACCUGUAUGUGUUUGUAGAAACCGUAAAGCUUUUCAAAUAAAAUAUACAGGGUUACUGGUAUCAAACGCAAAACCUCCUAAAGACUACUUGGGUACAUCAAAACAAGCAACUUUUAUUCUACGACUUUUCGUGAUUCGUAGUUUUAUUAUUCAUAUUAAAAAAAUACAAUCUGAUUUGCGAUUCUACAACAUCUUAACCAAUAAUAGCCAUAAGCCAAGCAACACGAGACAGCACAGUAGCAUUAUGUAGCGGAAUCGAACAUAGAGUUAAUGUUUUAUAGAAACGACAUUCAAACAAAAAAAAAAGGAAAAUUUUUGUGUUUAUUAUGUUUGACGUAGAACAAAAGAUGUUAGUCUCUAUGUACCUUAUGCGCCUUUGGAUGGAGGUUAUGCGUUAGAUACCAGUAACCCUGUAUAUAUACUUAAAAGGUCUUAAAAUUGAAGAGUAUUAUACUAGGAAUAGAAAAUCGAAGACAAAACAAGGUUGAUGUGUUUAGGGGUACCAAUGGACAUGGCAAAUGACAGAACGAAAUUGAGGGGAUACCUAGGUCAAGAAUAUCACGUCUAGAUCCCGUAUGGGGUAGACAGAGCCAAGAUUAAUGAACAAUAGUGUACAAAACGGUUACAAUUUGAAACUUGCAAGCUGAUUUUUUAUCAUGUCAGUAUUCUCUCUCUCAGGAUGUGACUCCGCGAAGCCAAAAAGAAAA